AUGCUCAUCGUUCACAGAAGCAAGAGCUUUGGGCUCUGCAGGUUGAAUUCAAGUGCUAUUCGAUGGUGUAAUAGCCGGCGAUAUGCAACUAGCACAUUUGAGCCGCUCCGCAUUCUUUUCUGCGGCUCGGAUGACUUCAGUAUUGCCUCCUUGAAAGCGCUCUACGAUUACAAAGUGAAGUUUCCUUCACAAAUAUCUUCCAUAGACGUUACGGGUACAGUGCCAAUCAAGGAAGCUGCUUCUGCGCUUUCACUUCCAAUUCACGAGAUUGACACAUUCAGAGGCUGGACGCCCCCGGAGACUCCGUAUGGCCCGAUCAAUCUGAUUAUCGCAGUGUCGUUCGGGCUGUUCGUUCCUCCUCGUAUUCUGAAUGCUGCCAAAUAUGGUGGCUUGAAUGUUCAUCCAUCAUUGCUUCCAGAUUUCCGUGGUCCAGCACCGUUACACCAUACCCUUCUAGCUGGACGAACUAAGACCGGCGUGACGCUUCAAACCUUAGAUCACAAAAGCUUCGAUCACGGGAAAAUUCUUGCACAAACUCCAGCGCCAGGGUUUGAUAUCCCUCACCCAGACACAUGCACCGUGCCUGAGUUGACAAGUUUGGUCUCUGCCAAAGGCGCCCAGCUUCUGUCUGACGGCAUUCAGCAAGGGCUAUUUGUACCUCCACUGAAGGAUGUCGGGGGGCUUUCCGAGAACGAUCCCGAAAAUCUCAUUCAUGCUGCCAAAAUUCAGCCCGAAGAUCGCCACAUAGAUUGGUCGGGCUGGACUUCGCUCGAUUUUAAUCGACGCAACCGUGUUCUUGGCAAUUUGUGGAGCAAGGCAUUAGUGGCGGGCAAACCAGCAGAUGGAACCAUGAAAUUCAAGCAAAAGCGAGUUAUACUCACUGAUGUUGAGGAAGUCGAGCCUCCAGAGGGAUCAGAGAUCUUCGCCAUCGUUCCUGGUCUGCCAUUUACGAACGCCCCCUGCCCUGUGGAACCCAAAAAGAACAGGGCCCUUUACGUAUUCACCAAAGAUGGACAAGCUCUUCUUGUUAAGAGUUUGAAGGUGGAGGGGGAGCCGGUAGCAGAGGGUCUUCGCGCAGCAGUUAAGGCGCGCAUGUUCGGGGAUCGCUCUAUAUUGUCUGCAGGCUCCGAGUUCACCCCGUUCCGCAAUCCUCUCGUAUAG